AAACACUCCAAAACUGCAGCAAUAUUUUUAUAUGGUAUGUAAAAAUAAUUACAUUCGUCGAUCAGCUCGUAAUUAUGCGACAAUACGACGGGAAAUGGAAAAGCCGCGCUUUUGCCCGCGCGUGGUCUAACCUUGCCGGCAAAUCAGAUGUUUUCAUCGGAAGCGACGCAAUGUUUGUGCUUGUUUGUGGGGCAGAAGGAGGCAAAAAGAGCAACAAAAAAAAAAACCGACGCACCACACUUCAUUGUGAAUUUACGAAUAACUGGCAACGAACACCGUCAUCGUGAGACGGAGGAAAAGUGGAAAAGCUUUCUCGUUGCAUUGGUUCUGUGAAUCGGAAGGUAAAUACGGUGGCAAUAGGACAAUUCCAGCCGAGUGUCGCUACAAGCAAUCAAGGGAAAAACGGAUCUCCAAGACACGCCGGUUGCAGGAGCGGAGCAGCGUUUUGCGGUUGUACGCGUGAAAAACGAACCGGGAAGCGGUGCGGGGCUAUUAUCAAAUCUACACCCGCAGGCGGAGGAGUCGGCAAAGGCCCGGCGGGUGGACGGUGGCGUUUCGUCCUUUCGUCCUUUCGUCGUAUCCGCGGCGACGGAAUGAAGUGUUUAUCCGGUGCGGUGCGACGAUAGCCCAACCCUCCCACCAGUUGGUUUCGAAUUUCCCACCAGCCCCAAAACGACAGUGAUAGACACAUUUCCCGGGGCACAGCGCACCAAGCUAAAGCGGGGCGUGUGUAUGCGCUCGUGUGUAUAAACAUCAUUAGCCGCGACCCAACCCAAGGACGGGGAAAAAAGGCAAAAAAGGAAAUUCCAACGAAUUACAUCCGGGUCGUCUUCACUUCACCCAGUGCCUCACACACCAAGCAGCAGCAGCAGCAUCGCCAUGACCGCCACCAGCACGACCGAACCGGCGGCAUUCGAUCACAUCGAGACGAUUGUGAUCGAGGGUCAGCCGACCGACAUCGUGUACCAUCGGUUUGCGAACAAGCUGUUCCUCAUCAUCACCCAGCACCAGAAGGUGGCCAACGUGUACACGGUGCGCAGUCACGCCCACAACGAUCUGAGCGGGGACGGGCCGGGCGGAGCUGCCGGCGCUGACGGUUCGAACCGCAUCUACACCAUCAAGCACACGUUCGGCGCCAGCUCGGACGAGGCGGAAGCGGCCAUCCGCUAUCUGAUGAGCUUCCUGCAGCAGAGCGACGAGAUCGUCAUCACGCUCGGGCUGCGGCGGAUCGACAAGGCAACGCUGGACCAGAUCGGGGCCCAGCUCCGGAAGAUUGUGCUAGGAUAGGGCUAAAGAGGGAUGCGGCAGAGGAAUAUUCUAACCGUUGGUACAUACGUUUCUUUCCGUUCUUAGGAGUUUCUUAAAUAAAUACGCGUACACACGUUCACGCUUUGGUGGCGCGCCACAC